GCUUAGUUGCGCGCUCAUUGUCCUGCUGGUUGGACGAACCGGCAAGGAAUCAACAGCCCAAUCAACUGGCCGCCAAGUUCAAUAGAGCGUUUGAAAACCGGCGGAAUAAGCAAAAAACAAUUUCUUAAUCAACUGAAGGCAGCGAAUUCCGAAAAUAAACACACGCAUUCGAUUCCAAGAAUUAUCAAUUAAUUGAAAAAAUAUCGAAGAAUCUCUAUGGCUUGCGCAAAAAAAAAUUCAAUUCAAAAAUAAAACUAGACUGCAAAUAAAUUGUGCUUUGUGAAAACAAGAACCCUCAGAAGUUUUUUGAGGAAAACAAGAACUUUUUGUGUGUGGCAAAAGUUUUUUUUUUUUUUAUGAUUUUACCUGGCGUUUCUUCUUUGUUUACAUCAUUACGAACUGUGUGGAAAAAAUGUUUGGCCGAUAAUGAACUUAUAACACAUAGGCGAACAGCAAUCGGGAGUUUCAACAAGUUUGCCGAAAGAAAAGUUUGGCACAAAGUUUGAAAGUAAAAAAUUCUUAAUUAAGAUUAAGUUAAGCGGAAACAGCAAUUCGUGUGAAAGUGCCAAGUGAAAUAGUUUGAUUGGCCAAUCAAAAAAGAAUCUUUCAAUUGCAAUGGACAAACAUAUGUCCGAGGAAAUGCAAAUAGUUUUUGCCUUUGACCUUCUUCAAUUAAAACCAAAAUAAAUAGUGCCGUGCAGUAAUGAAAGUGUUCAAGUGGAAUACAAACAGUUCUGGAAAUAUCUCGAAAUAAAACCAACUUCAAAGGACUAUUGCAAAUUUAAAUAUGGAUAUGGAGUAUAUGACCAGCAGUAGUGGCAACAUAACUUCCACUACAGAAGCAGAUUUUAGUACAACUUUGGGCGAAUCCAAUGUCACGGAGUACAAUACAACGGAGAUGGACGCGAAUGAAUCAGCUGGCGAGGAUGAGGAGAUGCUAAGGAUAGCCUUUUUUAUUGGGGACUUCGUGCACCAGUACUAUAUACCAGUGGUUUGCUGCACGGGCAGCAUUGGCAAUAUCCUCUCCGUGUUUGUCUUCUUCAGGACCAAGUUGAGAAAGUUGUCCUCCAGCUUUUACCUGGCCGCUCUGGCUGUGAGCGACACCUGCUUCCUGGCCGGACUCUUCGCCCAGUGGCUGAACUUCCUCAAUGUGGAUAUCUAUAAUCGAAACUACUUCUGCCAGUUCUUCACGUUCUUCAGCUACCUAGCCAGCUUCUGCUCCGUCUGGUUUGUGGUGGCCUUUACCGUGGAGCGCUUCAUUGCCGUCAUCUAUCCACUGAAGCGCCAGACCAUGUGCACCGUGCGCCGGGCCAAGAUCGUUCUGUUUUGUCUGACCCUCGUGGGAUGUCUGCACUGUCUGCCCUAUAUAGUGAUUGCCAAGCCGGUGUUUAUGCCCAAACUGAACACGACCAUUUGCGAUCUCAACUCGGAAUACAAAGAACAACUGGCCCUCUUCAACUACUGGGACUCCAUAGUCGUCUACGCGGUGCCCUUCACCACCAUCGCCGUUCUGAACACCUGUACGGGUUGCACGGUGUGGAAGUUCGCCACCGUUCGCCGAACGCUGACCAUGCACAAGAUGAAGCCCCAAACGAACAGCAUGCCAUCGAACUCGUCGAACUCAUCGGGCGGCGCCUCAUCUGCAGUGGCAUCGUACCGCCUUUCGGCAUCGCUGAAGCGCCAGAAGUCGACGGGAACGCAUCCAAGUGGACAGCAUAAUGUGGCCAACAGGCAGCCGGAUGAUCAGGAGCAGCAACAGCAGUCGCAGCAUCAAAUAAACAAUUGCCAACACCAUUGCGAGAUUACACAGAAACCAGCCCGUCGCAAGGUGCAAAACUCAUCGCAGCUCAAGGUAACCAAAAUGCUGCUAAUUGUCUCGACGGUUUUUGUCUGCCUCAAUUUGCCCAGCUGCCUGCUGCGCAUCGAGGCCUAUUGGGAGACGGAGUCGGCCCGAAACGAGAAUUCCACAAUUGCUUUGCAAUAUAUUUUUCACGCUUUCUUCAUCACCAAUUUUGGCAUCAAUUUCGUGCUUUACUGCGUCAGUGGACAGAAUUUCCGCAAAGCCGUAUUGAGUAUUUUCCGAAGGGUUUCAUCCGCUCAACGGGAGGCGGGAAACACCCAAGUGACAGUUUCUGAAUACUGUCGCAAUACUGGCACAUCCACACGACGUCGGAUGAUGACGCAACAUUGUUGGAACGAAAUGCACGAGUUGCAUCCACUCAAGUGAAUGGCUGAGCUUACGGGAAAAUUAACUUAGAGGCGCUGCAAAGGCCAAUGAAUGAUGUGAAAUUGCGAAAUACGCCGCGGGAUGAGCCGGAAUUUCGUUUUUAAUUAGAUUUCAGCAAACAUAAUAUGAAAUAAGAGCACAAAGAACGUAAAAAUUACUUUACGAAAUGGAAUGGAGCACAGGCGAAACCUUUAUUUUGUGAUGUUUGUCAAGGCCAAGCGGAAUCAAACAAAAAUCAAAGAAAUCAAAAUUAAGAAUGUAGCCGCCGACUUCGAUUGUUUUAAGUGUUUAACUAACCAUAUAGUAAUAGAAUAAUUAACUUUUGUUUUGCUUCCCAAUGUAUACGCAUAUUUAAGCAGCUAUUAUAACGAACCCCAAAAUCGAAUUCAAAUCCGCACGCAAAACGUAAUUGAAACCUAACCACAGAAACACAAUUUGAAAACGUGAAUCGUAAAACCCAAUAGAUUAGAUUAAUAAAAACGUAUACCUGUCUAACCAACCAAACGCGAAAAUGUAUUCAUGUAAUAAAUGUUAAUUUCGUUAAAUGAAAA